AGAAAUAUGUCUAACAAUGAAUAAACAAAAUAGGUUUAAAACUAUGUUUUAGGUAUAAUUAUAAUAAUUUUAGAGAUCGCACUCUUGGAAAAGGAACCUUUGGUAAAGUAAAAUUAGGAUAUCAUACAAUUUGUGACGAAUAUGUAAAAUUGAAUUAAAUUUUGAGGUGGCUGUAAAGAUUUUGGAGAAGCGGAAAAUUGAAAGCGAUGCUGAUUUUAUAAGGGUUUAAAGGGAAAUUGCAAUAUUGCGGAAAGUGGAGCACCACAAUGUCAUAAAACUAUAUGAGGUAUAUAUGAAAUAAAUUAGUAGAUAUUGGAAUCAGACACAAAUCUAUAUUUGGUAAUGGAAUAUGCAAAGGGAGGAGAAUUGUUCGAUUAUAUAGUGAAGAAGAAUCAGUACAGUUAAACUCUUAAUCAGGUUAUCCGAACCAGCAGCCACAAAAUAUUUUAUUCAGUUAAUCGAUGCAGUGGAAUAUCUACACUCCCAAAAGAUCGUCCAUAGAGAUCUAAAACCUGAGAAUUUGCUACUAGAUGAAUAGAGGAAUUUAAAGGUAGCCGAUUUUGGAUUGAGCAAUAUCUAUAAAGAUAACGAUCAAUUGAAAACUGCGUGUGGAUCCCCCUGUUACGCUGCACCUGAAAUGCUAUGUAAUAAGGUUAUAAUUUGGUAGAUGGUAAACUUUAUGGAGGGCAAAAGAGUGAUAUUUGGAGUUGUGGUAUCAUCUUGUAUGCAAUGCUAUGUGGUUACUUGCCUUUUGAACAUGAGAACACGAAGAAGCUGUAUGAGAUGAUUAAGUAUGAGGAUUAUGAGAAACCAAAAAACAUUUCCCCCCUAGCAUAAGAUCUCCUAAAAUAGUUAUUGACCAAAGAUCCUUAGUUGAGAAUUGGAUUCAAUGAAAUCAAACAACAUCCAUUCUAUAAGAAAAUGAUCAUUUAACCAUAACAAGGACUCGUAAGCAAGGAUUAAGUUGUUUUAAAGAAAUUAUCAGAAUUGGGGUAUGACGUCAACAACGUUAUCGAUCAAGUUUAAAAAAACAAACAUAAUUCAAAUACUGCUGCCUAUUGGUUACUAAUGAAAAAAUAUUCAUCAAAUUAAUAACCUAUUGCAAAAUAGAAUGGUCAAUUGUUGCAAUAAACUUAAUAACAAAUCAAAAAAAAUUAAGUUUUAUAAUCGUAAUUACAAUAAAUUUACUAACCCAUGGAAUAUAGACAAUUACAAAGUUCAACUGGAGGUUCAAAUAGCAGAGAAAAAAUCUAAUAGCAAAGAUAGUUGAGAUAUUCUUUGCCUUACAAUAAAAAUAGAAUUGAUUAUUCAUAAUUUCAAGAUAUACACACUGGAAUCCAAAACAAAUUAAAUAAUAUCUCUAUGUAAAGCAAGUAAACUCCCAGCAAUAUAGUGGAUUUUGUGAGAUAGAAAACUCACUCAGUUUAGGAAAAGGCACAUUGUCACACUCCAGAAAAGGUCGAUUUAGUCAUCAGAUAGCCAAGCAAGAAGAUUCAAUUGCUUAUGCAAAGAAAGAAGAAUCCCACUGAAUAGAUUGAAAAAUCAGAGUAAACGGAUAAUGGAUUGAAAGAGAAAAUCAAAGAUCUGACCAAGAGAUCAAGGAAUAAAACUCAACCUCUUAAAAAAAUCAAUGAUAAAAUGGAAAGAUAUGCAAAUAAUUAUACUCAUUAGUUAAUUAAGUAAAAUAGUCCAUAGGAUAGCUUUAUUGUUAAAUUUUAUAAACCAUCUAUUAGAGUGAGACACAGCAGCAAUCAGGAAAAUAGUUUAAAGCAAAAUAGAUUACUUACUCAUAAUUUUGUCUGA